AGGUCCCUACGUAUAAUCCCUCUCCCUCUCCCCCUCUCCCUCUCCCUCUCCCUCUCCCUCUCUAAAAGCAUGAGAAAGAAAUUAACCAAGAAAGGAGGAGGAGGAGAACAAAUUUGCCUAACUUGAGAAGCUUCCAGGGACGCACCUCCUGUGAUCUAAUCACAACCAUAUAAUUCCCCUCCUCUCUCUCUCUCUCUCUCUCUUUGAGGGUGUGUGUGUGUGUCUAAUCCAUCCUUUCUCACACUAACCCUACUUUUCCAAGAGGUCAACAGCGCUGAGAGCAACUUCAACAGUGGCUCUGUGCGUGCGUGCGAGUGAGUGUUCGAGACGUCCAUAUUAGAUGUGCCGAUUGGUUUCCUGUUCGAGUUCUCUCGUGGGUCAAACCAGAAACCGCGGAGCGUCACUGUUACAAGAAUUUUGAAGCUCCCAUCUCUUUCUUGGAAGCUCUCAGUCCUCUCCCCAACACCCACCCAGAUUUUUUUUCUUCUUUCUCCCCAGAAUCUUUUACCCUAGAAGAAGAACCACAAAGGUGGGGUCUUCGGUCAAUUUGGCCCGUCUUCUUGAAUUGGGUUUCGGUCUGGUUCGCCUCAGAUCCAGAACCGGAAGAUCGAUUUGAUUUUUGGAGAAGAAAGAGAGAGUGGGGGGCAUGGAUUUUAGAGAGGCUUUUGUCGAGUUCGAAGAAGCCCAGGUUGUCAAAGGUAAGCAAAACCCUUUCUCUUACUCGUCCUCCUCGUCUUCACCCUCUUCUUCCACUUCUCAUCACCAACACACGAGGGGCCUCUUUCCUGUUGGCAACGUCAGUAAUGGCCAGUGGGACACCCCGAUGGGAUCUUGGUUAGCCCACGGAUUCGACCGCGAAGCCGACGGCCGCUCGAAGCCCGAGCUCAUGGACGUAUCGCCGCCUCGAGAUGACGAGCAUUCGCGUCCCGCCGCUCCUGCACCGCCGAUUGAGAGGGAGCACAUGUUUGACAAGGUCGUCACGCCGAGCGACGUUGGGAAGCUCAAUCGCCUCGUCAUCCCGAAGCAGCACGCUGAGAAGUACUUCCCGCUCGAUUCCUCGACUAACGAGAAGGGCUUGCUCCUGAACUUUGAGGACCGCAACGGGAAGCCAUGGCGGUUCCGGUACUCCUACUGGAACAGCAGCCAGAGCUAUGUGAUGACCAAAGGGUGGAGCCGAUUCGUGAAGGAGAAGAAGCUGGACGCCGGGGACAUCGUCUCGUUCCAGCGCGGCGUCGGCGAGUUCGGCAAGGACCGUCUCUUCAUCGACUGGAGGCGGCGGCCCGACGCCCCAGACCCGCCCCCGAUGGCCGCCUUCCAACUCCCAGGCCACUUCUCAUUCCAUCAUCGGGGCUCCGCGACAGCAGUCCCUUGGGGCCCUCUGCUAUUGCGGCCCGGG